GCGCACUUGCGCUUCCUGUGCAGCCGUGUGUGGAACGCGUGGUACCGCGCAGCGGUUGUCUGCGGGCCGGACAGCGUCGCUGCUCCCCGCGGGGACCUGGCGGCCCGUUUUGCGGCUGGACGGUGGUGUUUUGAAAGGCCUCUUGUCGGGCCGCGCGGGGCCCUAGCCGACCCUCACCAUGUUGGUGCUGUUUGAGACGUCCGUUGGCUACGCCAUCUUUAAGGUUCUGAAUGAGAAGAAACUUCAGGAGGUUGAUAGCUUGUGGAAAGAAUUUGAAACUCCAGAGAAAGCAAAUAAAAUAGUAAAGCUAAAACAUUUUGAGAAAUUUCAGGAUACAGCAGAAGCAUUAGCAGGGCUGGUUCCCCCCACAAUGUGUGAUAGGAGGAACUAUGCUUCUGCCAAACUUUCUGAAUUACUGCCGGAGGAAGUAGAAGCUGAAGUGAAAGCUGCUGCAGAGAUAUCUAUGGGAACGGAGGUUUCUGAAGAAGAUAUUUGCAACAUUCUGCAUCUUUGCACACAGGUGAUUGAAAUCUCUGAAUAUAGAACCCAGCUGUAUGAAUAUUUGCAAAAUCGAAUGAUGGCCAUUGCACCCAAUGUUACAGUCAUGGUUGGAGAAUUAGUUGGAGCACGGCUUAUUGCUCAUGCAGGUUCUCUUUUGAAUUUAGCUAAACAUGCAGCUUCUACAGUUCAGAUUCUUGGAGCAGAAAAGGCACUGUUUAGAGCCCUCAAGUCUAGGCGAGAUACCCCUAAAUAUGGUCUCAUCUAUCAUGCCUCACUAGUAGGCCAGACAAGUCCCAAAAACAAAGGAAAGAUUUCUCGGAUGCUGGCAGCCAAGACCGCUUUGGCUAUUCGUUAUGAUGCUUUUGGUGAAGAUUCCAGUUCUGCUAUGGGAGUUGAGAACAGAGCCAAAUUAGAGGCCAGAUUGAGAAGCUUGGAGGACAGAGGGAUAAGAAAAAUAAGUGGAUCAGGAAAGGCGUUAGCAAGAGCAGAAAAGUAUGAACACAAAAGUGAAGUGAAGACUUAUGAUCCUUCUGGUGAUUCUACGCUUCCAACCUGUUCUAAAAAACGCAAAAUAGAAGAGGUAGAUAAAGAAGAUGAAGUAAUUGAGAAGAAAGCAAAAAAAUCUAAGAUUAAAGUUAAAGCUGAAGAAGAGGAAGAAAAUGUACUCAUAGUAGAGGAGGAAACACCUGUAAAGAAGAAGAAGAAGAAAGAUAAAAAGAAACACAUUAAGGAAGAACCACUCUCCGAGGAGGAACCUUGCACCAGCACAGCAAUUUCUACUCCAGAGAAAAAGAAGAAAAAGAAAAAAAAGAGAGACACUGAGGACUAAUGAAGGGAACCAUAAACUGUCACCUGGACACUUCAUGUUUAUGACUCACUGAGAAUAUACCAGAAGUGCUCUCCAAAUACAGGAGUAGGCUGAAUGAAAGUGAUUAAUCAUCCAUAGAUUUUUCAGACCUUUACAUCUUGACAUCAACUCAGUUAACUUUACCAUGUCAUCAAUUCUUAGAUGUGAAAAUAAAAGUAUUCUUUGUA